AUGUUGUCUCCAAAAGAGAAGACGAUGAGCGCUCAUCCAAAGCUGACCUGUGACUGGGUUGGACCCUUCCGAGUGAUAGGGGCGAGCGCCUUUUUCCGCGCAAAGAGCGACAAAGGUCAUUUGGAAUACAUUGUGGAGACGGCUGCCUGA